AUGGAACCAAAGAAAAACUUGAUGGACAAGAACCCAACAAUUAAUGAUGAUCCUAUGGAUUUAAAAGUUCAGAGAAAGACCAUCAAGGCCCAAAAGAAGGCUGAAAAGCUUGCUAAAUUAGAAGCUAAAAAGAAUGUCAUGCCAGCAACAUCUUCAACCAAAGCUAAAAAGCCAACAUCAACAGGAUACGAUCCAGCAGGAGUUGAAAAAUACUGGUCAGAAUACUGGCUUGGUAAUCAAUCCUUUCUACCUCAAGAAAGGGACAAAAAGUUUACCAUUUGUAUUCCUCCACCUAACAUUACAGGAUCAUUGCAUAUUGGACACGCCAUAAUGAUUUCUAUUGAGGAUUGUAUUGUUAGAUACAAGAGGCUGAACAAUUAUGAAGUACUAUACUUACCUGGAAUAGAUCACGCUGGCAUUUCUACUCAAAGCGUAGUUAUGAAGAGUCUUAGAUCAUCUACUUCAAAUACUAUCGACAGAGAAACAUUCUUAAAGGCAGCGUUUAAAUGGACAGAGAAGUAUGGCAGCAGAAUCUAUGAGCAGUUCAAUAGGAUGGGUGCUAGCUUGGAUUACUCAAGAAAAAAAUUUACGCUUGACGAGAAUGCAAGUAGAAGUGUGACAGUAGCGUUCUGCAGGUUGUAUAAUAAGGGAUUAAUAUAUAGAGAUAGCAAAAUAGUAGCGUGGAGUUGUAAGCUCAAGACUACGCUGAGUGAUCUUGAAGUAAAUUAUAAAAACGUUGAGGGUGGUUCAAUGAUUGAAGUGGACGGAGGCAUGUAUAAAUUUGGGGUGAUGUAUUAUAUAAAAUAUUACCUCACACUAGAUUGUGGCACUGAGUACAACAGUAAAAACAUAGAGAAUCUACCGUACGUUAUUGUUGGUACUACCAGACCAGAGACUAUUUUGGGUGACAGUGCUAUUUGUAUUAACCCGUAUGAUUGUAGGUUCAGUGACAUUGAAGCAAUAUUUAGGAGUGGAAAAGUAAACGAUCUAUUUAAUGAUGAAUACAAAAGCAAAGAAGAGACACUAAUUGAUUCAGAAGGGAAAAACAAUGCAGCAAUUGAUAGAAAUUUAGAAAACGAGGAAAUUAAAAUAGAAAGAAAGAACAAGUUUAAAGUAAAUAAGACAGUCAAUGAGGAUACAAUUGAAAAAGAGUACCCACUUUUUGCAAUCAAUCCAUUAACCUAUGAGACAAUUCCAGUGAUAUUUGACAGUCAGGCAGAUCUAAGCUUUGGGACUGGUAUUUUGAAGGUUACGCCCUGCCAUGAUCCUGUCGAUUUUAGACUUGGAAAGAAGCAUGGAUUAAAAUUUAACAAAAUCACUGAUGAAGAAAAUCGGAUUACUCAUCCUAAAUAUCUUAAUAUGAUGAGAUUUGAAGCAAGAAACGCUGUAAUGGAAGAGCUGAAAAAGAAUAACAUGCUUGUAAAAGAAGAGAGUCGUGAUCAAAUACUUCCGUUUUGUAGUCGUAGCAAUGAUAUAAUUGAGUUUACGGUGAAGGAACAAUGGUGGUGUGAUUGCAAAAGUAUGGCGCGAAAAGCAGUAGACAGUGUGAAGAAUGGAGAGAUUGAUAUUCAGCCGGUGGAGGCCAGGAUUAUAUGGUAUAGAUGGCUAGAGAAUAUUAAAGAUUGGUGUCUUUCCAGACAGUUGUGGUGGGGACAUAGAAUUCCUGCAUAUUAUGCUAGCAAUCAAGACAAAGGAGAAUGGAUAGUAGCUGAGUCUGAGCAAGAAGCAAAGCAGAUAGCAAAACAGAAAGGAUACACGAAAAUUGAACAGGACGAAGAUGUACUUGAUACUUGGUUUUCUUCAGGUCUUUGGCCAUUUUCAACGAUGGGAUGGCCCGAUGACACUUCUGAUUUCAGAAGAUACUUUCCAACCUCACUCUUGGAAACAGGUAGCGAUAUCCUCUUCUUCUGGGUAGCAAGGAUGGUUAUGCUUUCCUAUGAGCUUGUUGGUGAGCGUCCAUUUGAUAAAGUGUUUUUACAUGGAAUAAUCAGAGAUGCCCAUGGUAGAAAGAUGUCCAAGAGUUUAGGUAAUGUAAUUGAUCCGUUACAUGUUAUUGAUGGGAUUGAAUUAGAGGAGAUGAUAGAUAAUCUACAAAAAGGCAAUUUGGAUUCAAGAGAAGUGAAAAGGGCCACGGACGCACUUAAAAAAGAUUUUCCAAAGGGCAUUCAAAAGUGUGGCGCAGAUGCUCUUAGAUUCACUCUGCUCAACUACACCAAUGGAAUGAAAGACAUUAAUCUUGAUAUUCUCCGAGUGCAAGGUUAUUCUCGUCUAUGUAAUAAAAUUUGGAAUGCAUACAAAUUUGUAAGUGGAGUGUUGCUGAGCCAGAGCAUUGAGCGUCAAUUGAAAGAGUGCCGUCUAGAAAAUUCAAGUAUUUUAAUAGAUGAUAAAGCUAUUAUCAAACCACAUCAUAAAUGGAUAAUUAACCGACUGAACAAAGUGAUUGAAGAACAGCACAAAUGCAUUGAAUCAUACAAUUUUAUGCUAGGAACACAAAGCAUCUAUCAACUGAUAUUUGACUUUUGUGAUAAUAUCAUUGAAGUGUCAAAAACUCCAAGUCCAGAAGACCUAAAGGUUCUUAAGUACGUUUUUACUGGUAUUUUGAAGCUUUUGAAUCCGUACAUGCCCUUUAUCACCGAGGAAAUUCAUUUUAAACUGUACUCUUCAACCAUUUCAGACUAUCCCCAAAUUGUCAGUUCGAUUGACUUAAAGGAUGAUGUUUUCGAAGAUGUUUUAAGCCUUGCUAAAAUUUGUAGAUCAAAAAAGAAGGUGGCUGUUCAGAAUUUUGAUGAUAUUUCAUACCUAAAAUGCUUGGUUAGGAGCGAUUUUGAGAUUCACGAAAGCUUAGACGAAUAUGAAACAAUUGGAAAUUUGAGAUACAAAAUUAUUAAUUAA